GAGAAGCCAACGUAUUUACGGCAACCAAUCCCAUGCAAUUUUAGUCAAUUAAGAAUAAAAUCUUCCCCUUCAUUGACUGGCCGGGAAGAAGCUCUGUUUCUGUAUAUGUGAAGAAAAUACAGAUAGCAGAGAACACAAAGGCAGAUCGACAUUGAUUCUGAGACAGCCAUGUGUGUUUCGAAGCUUAUUAUGAUGUUGGUGCUUUUAUGGGUGACAAAACUAGUGCAAGUGAGUGGUGAAAAUACAGGCUUCAUCUUUAAUUAUGGCUUCCAAUCUGCUAAUUUAACCAUGGAUGGCGUUUCUGAGAUCACUUCCAAUGGCCUCCUCCAGCUCACCAAUGAAACCAGGCUACAAACAGGUCAUGCUUUCUACCCAAAGCCAAUAGUUUUCACAAACAAUUCUUUCUCUACCAAUUUUGUUUUCGCCAUUAGACCUGUAACUUCUCCAGCAUCGGGUGGUCAUGGAAUGGCUUUUGUAAUUUCUCCUACCAAAGCAUUUCCCAGUGCAACUGCCGGUCCGUACCUAGGCCUCUUCAACAUAACCAACAACGCUGACCCAACGAACCAUGUGUUCGCAGUGGAACUCGACAUCACUCAGAGCAGUGAGUUUGAUGAUAUUGACGGGAACCAUGUGGGAAUUGAUAUUAAUGGCUUGAAAUCAAUGACAUCUAAUUCUUCUGGAUAUUAUGUUAAUGGGUUUCAGUUUCGUAAUUUGAGCCUUAAGAGUGGCCUGCCAAUGCAAGUGUGGCUGGAUUAUGAUGGAGGUGAGACAGAAAUCAAUGUCACUCUAGCUCCAAUCAAUGCCAACAAGCCAGAAACACCAUUGUUAACGUUGCACCAAGAUCUUUCUCAAGUUUUAACUAAUUCCAGUUAUGUUGGAUUCUCAUCUUCCACCUCUGCAUCGCUGAUAGCUUCUCAUUAUGUUCUUGGGUGGAGUUUCCAGCUCAAUGGGAAGGCUCAAAAUCUUGACGCCUCAAAACUCCCAAAACUACCGCCACUUAGAAGGAAAAGAUCUAUGAUAUUACCAAUUGUGUUACCUCUCCUCUCACUCUGUUUAAUUAUUUUUGUGAGUUUACUUGUAGUUUGUUACAUAAAGAAGAAAAGAAAAUUCUCCGAGAUUGUUGAGGAUUGGGAGCGAAAUUAUGGUCCUCACAGGUUUAAAUAUAAAGAUCUCUACUUUGCCACAAAAGGAUUCAAAGAGGAAGAGCUUUUGGGCUCUGGUGGAUUUGGAAAGGUGUACAAAGGGACGAUGCCGGGUUCUAAGAUUGAGGUUGCUGUGAAGAAAGUAUCACAUGAUUCCCAGCAAGGCAUGAGGGAAUUCAUUGCAGAAAUUGUAAGCAUCGGUCGUCUUCGCCACCGAAAUCUUGUUUCUCUUCUGGGAUAUUGCAGGCGAAAAGGUGAGCUUCUUUUAGUCUACGAGUUUAUGCCAAAUGGAAGCUUAGAUAAAUACCUCCAUAACCAACCUGGUAUGACACUAAAUUGGAUGCAAAGAUUUAAGAUCAUCAGAGGGGUAGCUUUGGGAUUGUGCUAUUUGCAUGAAGAAUGGGAGCAAGUUGUGGUUCACAGGGAUGUAAAAGCAAGCAAUGUUCUGCUAGAUUCAGAUUUCAUUGGAAGGUUAGGAGAUUUUGGUCUUGCUAGAUUAUACGAUCACGGCGUUGAUCCUGCAACUACACAUUUGGCGGGGACUAUAGGAUAUCUUGCGCCAGAAGCCAUCAGAACAGGAAGAGCCACGACAAAAUCUGAUGUUUUUGCUUUUGGUGCCUUUGUGCUGGAGGUUGUAUGCGGAAGAAGACCCAUAGAACGAGGAAGUGAAGAUGAGAUUUUGGUGGAUUGGGUUUAUGGGUUAUGGAAGAAGGACGAGAUUACUGAGGCAAUGGAUCAAACUCUAAGAACAGAAUAUAACAGAGAGGAGGUAGAAUUAGCGUUGAGUUUAGGACUUUGGUGUUCAAAUUCCAAGGCUAAAGAUCGGCCAAGCAUGCGUCAAGUUGUGCAGUAUCUGAAUAAGGAGGCUCCCAUGCCUGAUUUGUUAUCACUAAUGUCAUCUCCCUCUUGUUUUGGAUUCAUAUUUGAGAGUGAUAAAGAGUUUGAUAAUAUGAUAAUGUCAUUUCCAUCUGCUAGUGUGGAUGGCACUCACACUUCGAUAUCUGAAUCACUUCUCUCCAGAGGUCGCUAAAUUCUUUUAUGAAGACACGCACACCUGCUCGUAUGACCAGGCAUGCACUCUUGGGCUCAUUGCAUUGUGUUAAAUUUGUAUCGUUAUGCUGGGGUUUUUGUUUUUGAUGUGUAUAUAUUUCUAGUUGUUGGUGAAUUAAAUAUGGACAAAGAAAAAAUAAGGUCACAUAAGAAUCACAAUUUACUAUCUUGAAUUAUUGAAAUUUCAA